AUGUAUUUGCAAGAUGCAAAUCGUUGUUCUGUUCAUUUUAGACGUAUCUCUGAUAAUCAAUUGGACGUUCUUUCACAUCUUAUCAAAAACAUUGCUCAACGUUACCCGUCUCUUCACCCCAUCUACCGUCCCUUCUAUCACUUGGCCGAGUCUUCUACUUUCUCAUGUUCUUUCUUUCUUUAUUUAAUGUGCCACACCCAUUACCCUCUCUCUAUCUACCGACGCAAACCGCGUUUAAAAUUCAACUUUUCUUUCUUCAAACUUUCUUUUGAGUCUGUUCAUAUUAUCUAUCUAACAUUCAUCUCUGACUAUCUAUCUAUCUAUCUAUUCAUCUAUCUAUCUGUUUGCAGAUCUAUAUCUAUCUAUAUCUAUCUAUCUAUCUAUCUAUCUAUCUAUCUCAGUUUGCAGAUUUUAUCUAUCUAUUUAUCUAUCUAUCUAUCUAUCUAUCUAUCUAUCUUAGUUUGCAGAUCUAUCUAUCUAUCUAUCUAUCUAUCUAUCUAUCUAUCUAUCUAUCUAUCUAUCUAUUCAUUCUUCAGAUAG